CACGUCCAGCCGACACACCUCGCACCGCCCUGGCCGCCAGAGGAAGGGUCCUCGUCCGUCGUUGCCGCCGCUCGCACCCGUCUCUCUGCUCCCAGACUUACACUAGCUGCAGUUAGCCGAGCUGCACCUCCAGCCAGGCGCGCACCAACGACAGCAGACGCUCCCCCGAGGCUCCAGCCAUCAUGUGGCGCCUCUCGCUCGGGGCCGCUUGCUGCCUCGCCGUCGUCCUUGGCGCCCUGGCGGCAGACCCGGCCGCGGAUGUCGCAGUCGCGAGCCCAGCGAACCAGACCAACGCCAACAUGACUGCCAGCAGCAACGCGACGUCUGCGAACAACACGAGCGCCGCCGUCAAGGACGGUGUCAUCUGCGCGCUCUGCGAGUGCGACAUCGAGCGCAAGCUGCUGAACUGUUCAGAUAAGGACCUCACGCACCACUUCCCGGAUCCGGCGCAUUGGGCGGCGUUGCCCUUCGAGCCGAAGGUGGUCCUGUUCGACCGCAACAACCUGGUGCAUGUGCUGCCCUUCCCCACGCUGGACGCCCUGGAGACCCUCUCCCUCAGCCACAACCACAUCGCCAAAGUGGACAACCAGGCCUUCUGGAACCUCACCAACGUGCAGGAGAUCGACCUGAGCCACAACCACCUCACCACGGAGGACAUGUCGCCGCACAUCUUCCAGGGACACUACGCCCCGGAGAACUACGAGCCGCUGGAGCGGCUGCGCGUGCUGCGCCUCGGCUCCAACGCGCUGCACUCGCUGGACCCGGACCUGUUCAUGCACCUGCCGCGCCUCGCCGAGCUGUACCUGGACGCCAACCCCUUCAAGGUGAUCGACCUGCACACGCACCAGGCCGUGUCGGGCCUGCUCGGCCUGCGGGUGCUGGACCUGGCGCGCACCGGCAUCAGCGAGCUGCCCGACCACUUCCUGCACACCCCCAACAAGCUGCAGCGCCUCGUGCUCAGCGGCAACGCCUUCACCGCGCCGCCGCCCGGCCUGGCCGAGUCCCACGUGUUGCAGUACCUCGACCUGAGCGAGAACUCCUUCACCGUACUCAAUGAACCCAUGCCAAGGAUGGACAACCUCACCACCCUCCUCAUCACGCACUCGGCUAACCUGACCGAGGUCGGCCCCGCGGCCUUCUCCACGCUGCCGUCGCUCAAGGCCCUGUUCCUGCACUCCAACCCCCGCCUCGCCAAGAUCAACGCCACGGCCCUGGUGGAGCCGAUCGUACCGCCCGCCGAGACGCACGAGUACCCGCCCCUCAAGACCCUGCACCUGCACGACAACGCGCUCAGCUACCUCGAGAGCAUGCUGGUGGGCCGUUGGGACCACCUCGAGUCGCUGCGGCUGGACGGCAACCCCUGGUCGUGCGACUGUGAGAACCAGUGGAUGGUGGACGACCUGUUCCCCACCAUGGAGAAGGUGGACCCCAAGUUCGGCGCGGGCCUGAU